AUGCAUGUGCUACACAAUAGGAACGUCUCGAUAAUUUGGGCGAGUUUUCUCAUGAAAAUCGUUGGCCUGUGGUUAGCAGCCGAUCAAAACGAGCAGUGUCGCCGAGAUUUCGCUCUGAUUUACACGCUUGGGGCACUUUUCAUCAGCAUAUGCAUCGCACUUAGAGAUAUCUAUCAUACCUGGGGAAAUUUCAGUGAUUGCGUUUUUAUUUCUUGCAAUAUUUUAUACGUGAUGGUGGUUUUCUUAAAAAUCGGCAUUUUAUACAGGCACAAAAUCGAGUUCUUUAAUUUACUUAUGUUCACGCAGAAGAAUUUCUGGCGUCCGUAUCAUGAUCCACAAGAAAUACUAAUUGUUACUGAGUGUAAAAAGAUAUGCAACGUUUGCGUUGUCCUUCUCAUCUUUUGUGCUCAGGGCAGCUGUGCUGGUUAUAUGAUAACUCCGCUUAUAGCGAAUAUAGGGAGAAACGAAUCUGAUAGAAUGUUGCCGUUCAACUUGUGGGUCGAUUUACCUAUAGGAAUGUCGCCUUAUUUUGAAAUAUUAUUUGCUAUCCAGAAGAAUUUCUGGCGUCCGUAUCAUGAUCCACAAGAAAUACUAAUUGUUACUGGGUGCAAGAAGAUAUGCAACAUUUGCAUUAUUCUUCUCAUCUUUUGUACUCAAGGCACUUGUGCUGGUUAUAUGGUGACUCCGCUUAUAGCAAAUAUAGGGAGAAACGAAUCUGAUAGAAUGUUGCCGUUCAAUUUGUGGGUCGAUUUACCUGUAGGAAUGUCGCCUUAUUUUGAAAUAUUAUUUGCUAUCCAGGCGGAUACACAUCCUUCAAAGAAAGUCAGUUUGGUACUGAAUUUGAGUGGUGUUUUCUGUCAACUGUUCAUGUGCACGUAUAGCUGCGACGACCUGAUGCAACAAAGUGGCAACAUCAGCAAUGCAAUAUUCUCAAUACCAUGGGCAAUCUUCCCAAUGGACAAAGCUGGUACCAUUAUACGAAAAAAUUUGAUAAUUAUCAUCAUGAGAUCGCAUAAGUUUUGUUGCUUAACAGCCGGGAAAUUUUUUCCCGUUUCUCUCCAAACAUUUACCGGGGUUCUCAGUAUGGCAAUGUCUUAUUUCACUCUGCUAAGAAAUACAUCUUUAAAUGCAACAAAUUCAUAAUUUGUAUGCUUUUUAUUAAUAACGGAAAUAUAAAUAACAGGACCUGUUCGAUUAGAAG